CACGUGUAUUUUUUUUUGCUAUUAUUAACUAAUGAUAUGGAAAAUGUGGAGCUCACAUUUUGGUUGACGUGGAUGCCAGGAGAUGGGAAACGGUAAGUUAUUGUUUGUUACUUCAGUUGUUUAUUUAUUUAUUUUGGCUUAUCUUACAUUUUUUAUUUUUAAAUAUAUGUUUGUCCACUUGGCAUACACAUGGCAUCCAUACUAGCACUAGAAAAUGUAUAAUUUUAGGAGAAACGUACAGAAAUUAUUAUUAUUUUGUUAAUUUUAUUAGGUUAUGGUUGAGGAAAAAAUUUGAAAUUUAUACAGCUGUAAAACAGGUCAACUUUGGUCAAAUCAGGAUUCCUUAUCUGAUUUGGAAAAAGCAUGAGAGCCUACAUAUAGGGAGGGGAUUAGGUCUCCUUCAUUUUCUUCACUCACUCUCUUUCAUUACUGUCAUUCUGUCUUGCUUCUCUCGCUCUCGCUCUAGCGAAUUGAAGCAUUACUCUUUUCUUUCUUGCUCCUCUCGCUCUCGCUCUCGCGAAUUGAAGCAAAGCAACGAUGAUGAUUGCCAACAAUAACCCUGCCUUUGGUUAUGGUCCGAUCAAUUUCAAAAAUAAUAACAUCCCAUCAAUCAAUAAUUUCUGUGCCCUUGGCUCUGGCUUUGGCAAUGUCGAUCAAGAUUUUGAAUUGGGGAGAAAAAGGAAGUUGAAUCAACUUCCAGAAUUAAUACCAAAGAGGAGGAAGAUCCGUAAUGGAAUGAAAUUGGUUUGUGGGUCGUCCUAUUUCCCCAAAUGCAACCCAGAAAAGCCCCUCGGCGAAGACGCGCACUUCAUCUCCCAUGACGCCCAGACUGUCGGCGUGGCGGACGGCGUCAGUAGCUGGGCCAGGAAAGGCAUCGACGCCGGCGAGUACGCAAGGGGACUCAUGAACCACGCCAAACAAGCGGCUACUAAUAUGUCCGCCGUCGGAGCCGCCGCCGUGGAUGCAGGAAAGGUGCUGAGAGAAGCCUACGUGAACAACUUCGGAAUACAAGGCUCGUCGACGGCUUGCAUCCUCAGCCUUGACAAAGAGCGUGGGACCCUCCACGCCGUGAAUGUCGGAGACAGCGGUUUCAUGGUGUUCAGGGACGCCAAGUGUAUGCUCAAAUCUCCAACCCAGCAGCGGAGGUUUAAUUGCCCCUUCCAGUUGGGGAACCACGUCGGCAGCGACCGACCCCAGGUGGCUCUGGAGUUUGUGGUGGAGGAAUUGGCGCCGGGGGACAUUAUCGUACUUGGGACAGAUGGGUUGCUGGACAACAUGUUUGCGAGUGAGAUUGAGGAGGUUCUGGUGGCUUUUAAUAAAGUAAGCGGUGGUCGGGAUAUUGAUUGUGCGGAGGUAGCUUCCACCAUAGCCACCCUGGCUCUGUAUAAUUCCUUGGACAAGGACAACAUUAGCCCUUUUCAGAUGGAGGCUCAAAAGGCCGGAUUGGAGCACGCCGGAGGCAAGAUCGACGACAUCACUGUUGUGGUGGUCCACGUGGUGGAAUCUACUACCUCCAUCGAUUAGGUUUUGAUUUUGAACCCAACAAAGACAAAUUUUGGAAACUGAGAUUGUAAUUCCAUGUUGAUACUAUUAAUACAAUUCUUUAAUUUUUUUUUAUUAUUCAAAAGUGUACAUUACAAUUUACUGAUGAUUUGAAUGUUGCAUCCAAUACCAAAAAUUUUGAAUUACCUUAAUAUUUUGAAGUGGAUUGAUUAAUACAA